CAAAAUCAACCUGUAGGCCGUAGUCAUUCACUCUUCAGCUGCAGAGGAUCUCCGUGUGCUCCAUUAUCUAUCAUAAAGCCGAACGAACCUAUUAGACGGACUCACUUUCUGGAGAAGACGCAACUCAAUCCUGCAAUUCAUUCCUUCUUCAACAACUGUAAGUGAAUUGCCAUAAACUGCUAUUACAGUCGUAUUGGCAUUCACACCCAAGUUUGGAAAAGUGACCAUCACCAUCAUCCAGUCAGAACAAAUCGAGUUUUCCAGCUGCACGUGAGCCAACAAACGGUGUUCAUAUACAAUGGCCGGUGAAGGUGAAAAGUCCUUAACAGCCGGCCUAUUGAAUUCCUCAACCCAAACUAACACGAAACCCGGUCCUAAAAGGAGAAGGUUCCGCCGCUGCAGAAGCGCCCCUUUCUCCGAAUUCCUCCCGGGAGAAAUCGACGGGCCCCACACACCCCCACGUGGAUAUUCCUUCUUGGACCACAUACACCCAAGCUUCAAAAGAGUAUCCCUUUACCUCAUUCUCUACCUGGCGGCCGGCACCAUUUGUUUCUAUUUCGUCAAGGAUCAGAUCAAAGGGGAAAAAAUCGACGGCGUUCUUGAUUCAGUUUACUUUUGCAUAGUCACCAUGACGACUGUUGGAUACGGGGAUCUCGUCCCAAACAGCCCAUCCGCAAAGCUUCUUGCUUGUGCUUUUGUGUUUUCAGGUAUGGCUUUAAUCGGGCUCACCCUUAGCAAGGGAGCCGACUACCUUGUCGAGAAGCAGGAGAUACUUGUCGUUCGGGCCCUUCACAUGCGCCAGAGGCUAGGCCCGAGUGAUAUAAUGUCUGAGCUCGAAAAUAACAAAGCCCGGUACAAGUGUUUCGUGAUUGGGGUUAUUCUUGUGGUGCUUUUUGUGGCAGGGACGGUUUUUUUAUCUACGGUCGAGAAGUUGGGUUUCGUGGAUGCUUUCUAUUGCGUUUGCUCGACGGUCACGACUCUGGGUUAUGGAGACAAGAGCUUCUCGACUAAGGCUGGGCGGGUUUUUGCGAUCUUCUGGAUUUUGACGAGCACGAUUUGCUUGGCGCAGCUUCUGUGCUAUGUGGCUGAGGUCAAUGCAGAGAGCAGGCAGAAGGAGGUGGUGAGAUAUGUUCUUACCAAGAAAAUGACGAACGUGGAUCUCGAGUCGGCCGAUGUCGAUGCUGAUGGAAAUGUUGGGGCCGCUGAAUUCAUCAUAUUUAAACUAAAGGAAAUGGGGAAGAUCAGUCAAGAUGAUAUCACGCCUUUGCUGGAGGAGUUUGAAAACCUUGAUGUCGAUCAAUCUGGAACUCUGUCCACGUGUGACUUGACGCUCGCCCAAUCAGGUGAAACAUGACCAUCAUUCUGUGGGUUUCCAGUGUAAGUUCCGUAAAGUUUUCUCAUAUUCUUGAGCUCUUAACAAAUUCAUUGUGCAAAAAGUUUGUUGUUUGCUUGCUCUUGGGAAUUUGAUGUGGAAUUCACUAAAUUUAAUGAAUGUGAUGAUGGUUUUAACUAUUUCUGCUCAUUAUCAGUUCUUUGCUGCACCUGACCUAUAGCUACCUGCUGCGAAAGAUUGCUGUCUAACGCGACAAAACGACUUUAAGCUUAAUAAUUUUAUGGAGCUUUUUGCAAUCAGUAAAAGGAAAAAAAUGAUUACCAGAUUGCUGAAAAUGAAGAAAAAAUUUAAAUAGUUCAGCCUUGUAAAACUUGGGCUAGGAGGCUCACNG